UGCUUUUCAGCCUUUUAUACCGCCAGCUUCAGCCGCUCACUCAGGUGCAACUCUUUUUAUUUCACACACGUCGGAGUCUCGGUUUUCUGGGAGCUGUGUAGCGAAGUAACCGUGGAUAUGUUUCGCUGUGUUUGCCUGUUCGUUUUGCUUCCUUUGUGUGUUCUUGGGCAGGCUGAUGUGCUCCUGUCAACACCUUCCAAGAGCUUCAUAUUUCCCACCGAUCAGCCAAAUUGGGAAGAAACCCAUGCACCUACAGUCCCACCUACCACAGAAGGCCCUGCCAAUGCUGUAACAGAGGUUGUUAAUACCACAACUGUUGCACCAACCACUCUUCCAACUACUCAGCCCACCAACUCUACUACGGCUCCUCCAACUACUCAGCCCACCAACUCUACUACGGCUCCUCCAACUACUCAGCCCACCAACUCUACAACGGCUCCUCCAACUACUCAGCCCACCAACUCUACUACGGCUCCUCCAACUACUCAGCCCGCCAACUCUACUACGGCUCCUCCAACUACUCAGCCCGCCAACUCUACUACGGCUCCUCCAACUACUCAGCCCGCCAACUCUACAACGGCUCCUCCAACCACUCUGCCCACCAACUUUACAACCGCCUCCACUCCUGCUCCUACAACUCCACCACUGCCUGAGGUUGGAGAUUAUGUUGUCCGGGCUGAGUGGAACUCCUCUGCAUGUCUGAUGGCAAGGAUGGGUUUGCAGUUUAGCUUCAGAAUGGGAGACAGCUUUCAGACAAUAAAUCUUGACCCAAAUGUGACUGUAACCAAUGGAACUUGUGGAAACAAUGGCAGUGACUCUGCACUUAUGCUGACAUCAGACAAAAUUAGUGUCCACUUUACCUUUUCCAAUCAAACGAGCAAAUUCUUCUUGAGUGCUUUGAAUUUGACUGUGGUAGCUGGAAGUGGCACCAGCUUCACUGCUGCCAGUACUAACUUAUCUCUGUGGGAGGCAUCACUGGGGAGCUCAUACAUGUGCAGAAAGGAGCAGAGCUUCAACAUCACAGAUGCCCUUAUUUUGAAUACGUUUGAGCUCCAUGUUCAGCCAUUUGGAGUCACAAAUGACAAAUUCAGCACAGCCCAUGAAUGCUCAGUGGAUGACACCAGCCUCUUAAUCCCAAUCAUUGUUGGUGCAGCUCUGGCUGUCUUGAUUCUCAUUGUAGUGAUUGCAUACGUGAUUGGUCGACGAAAGACCUAUGUUGGAUAUCAGACCCUGUAAUGACAUCCCUGAAUCACAAAUUAUACUCCAUUAAUUCAGGUUCUCUAACGUGAUCCUGGGCCACUGCAACUGUUACCCUUUUCAAUUGGCUAGUGCCUCAUUGUCAAUUUUCCAUUGUUUAAGGUAAUGACUAAUUUGGCAGCUCCUUGGAUUCUGUGCACUCAAAUCUGAAGUGUGAUCUCUGCAUCUGUUCCAGAAUCAUGGGCCCUGGUGAUGCUGUGUGUAUUAGUUAUUCCCCUGUUUUCUUGUGUAUCCCCAUCUUUCCAUUUCCUUAGUAUGUAGAAGCAAGUGAAAGGUUGUUUGUACUUUUCCACUUUCUGCAACUCGAUCUCUUAAGUCCUAUGACUAUUGACACUUUGCCCUAUUUGUGUAGGGAGAUUGGUCAAUAUACUGAUAUUUUCCUAGCUUUAUAUUAGACCUUGCACUUGCUUCUGCUGCGGUGGCUAACUUUAAUUAUGCUUUGUUUCUUAUUGCCCACACCAGAAAGCUCUUGAGAUCUAAAUUUAGUUUUGGGUGGAUUGGGAGAAGUUUGUCGUUUGAUUGUGUGAUUGGUGCAGUGGGAGAUUAAAUUGCACAGUUCAAUUUCACUGUCAUUACCUUUUCAAAGAAAUUGCUCUCCUAUCAGUUUUAGAGUAAGGGUUUAAAAAAAGGGAUGACAUUGCUUAGAAACAAGCCUUUGUCAGUUGCUCUCUGUACAUAAAAGAAUCAAACUGAGUGGAGAGGAAUACAUGCUGCCUGUUGCACAUCUGAACUGCCUUGGCUGCAGGAUCAAUUCUUAAUAUUGUGUUGCUUGACUUUUUUUUCCAACCUAAAGCUCUGUAGUAGUUCCAAUAUUUGACUGUUUGCUGAAUAGCUGCUUAGUUGAAACCUGAAGUGCAGUCUUUUUCCAUUGGAUUUACUGAAAGGAAAUUAUUUAAAACUAUAAUUGCAUGCACUCGUUUGUUGACUGGCUGCGUCUACACAUGCGACUUUUAUACAGUAGAGGGGUUUUUGGUGAAGAGUGUUCAAAGUAAUUUUCAGACUUUUGGGAAUAACUACCAACAAGAUGUGCAUGAGAUCAACAUCUGUGUAGAUAUUUGGACUGUAGAAAUACAUAGUUCAGGACUCGAAUAAAAACCAUCACUUUAUGUACAACUAGAACUUUGGGUUGGAACAUUGUAAAGCAUCACUUUGAAAAACGGCAUGCUAUGGAGCUUUGUCGUACAUGACAACAACAUAAGCAAAGGUGAAUGGGUGUCAUUUUGAAUGCUUAUGUAUGUUCAUGUCUUGUCUAUAUCCAAUGUAGCACAGCUUUUUAAAACCUGAUUGCCUUCAUGUUGCUCAUUCUGUCUGUUUUGAUCUGCAUUAGAUUCUGUGUUGCUGAGAAUCAUUUUGUUUUUGUAUGUUCUUUCCCCACCUCUGACCUGUAAACUGCUGUUUUAUGCUAAACUAAUUCACAUGUUGCUGUCUGAUCAGUUUGGACUUGUUGGAGAUCGGUCACAGUCAGAUUCAUGCCUUGCUUAAUGACGGUGCAGUUGAAUUCAAUAAAGAUGGAUGGAUGUCAAAUUUCCAGCUUGCUUAUUUUAUGCAAUGUAACUUAAUGAAAAGGGAAUUCUGACUCAUGGCGUAAAAUAUUUAAUAAAUUCUGGCACUCUGUCA